AUGGAGAGCGAGGGUGUUCCGGCUGAUUUAAAUGAGGAAGAAUUAUCGAAAAGACACAAGCAAGAAAAGAAAGAUCUUCACGCCAAAGUGCAAGCAUUGAAAAAAGCAGUUCCAAAAGAGAAUGAACUAGUGGAUGAAGAUUCCAACAAUCAAUCCAAUAUCAGUGAAGAUCUGGAAAUCAAAGAAGAUGAAGUUGAUGGAAAGAUGGCUAAUAACCGAGAUUCAAGAGCUCAGAAAAGAAGAAAUAAGAAAGCUGCGGAAGAAAGGGAAAGAGAGAAGAGGAUAUCUGAACAAGCCGAGAAAAAUAGAGGUGGCCCAAGGGAAACUGAAAUGAAAUCCAUUAAAGAAACUUUGAAAUCACUAAAUCUACAUAUAUACAACAUACCAGCUGAUGGUAAUUGUUUGUAUUGUGCUGUAAACCAUCAACUUGAAGUAAAAGGUAAAAAAAACGUUCACAAUCACUGGAUUAAGGCAGAUUACAGCAGAUUUUAUGUUGACAAACCAAGAUGA